AUGGCGAUGCCCACAAUGGCUGCAAUUGCCAAGCGCAUCGCAGGCGGUCCGAACGACUCGAAGUUCUUUAGCACGACCAAGAAGGGCGAGACGCACGAAUUGCGUCAAGAAUUGGCCCAUCCCAGUCGCGAGAAGAAGAAGGACGCGGUGAAGAAAGUGAUUGCUAAUAUGACCGUCGGAAAAGACGUGUCGAUGCUCUUUACGGACGUGGUGAACUGUAUCCAGACGGCGGACACGCAGCUCAAGAAACUCGUGUACCUCUACUUGAUUAAUUACGCCAAGAGCAAUCCCGAUUUAACGAUCCUGGCCGUUAACACCUUUGUUAAAGACGCGGCCGAUGUCAAUCCACUGAUUCGUGCCCUCUCGGUGCGAACCAUGGGGUGUAUCCGCGUGGACCGGAUCACGGAGUAUUUGUGUGAACCACUUCGACGAUGCCUGCAAGAUGAGGACCCUUAUGUCCGUAAAACUGCAGCCAUUUGUGUCUCCAAGCUCUAUGAUAUCAACCCGACCAUGGUCGAUGAACAAGGAUUUCUGGACAUGUUGCGGGACCUGCUCUCGGACCCGAAUCCGACAGUUGUCGCCAAUGCUGUUGCUGCUCUGAUGGAAAUUGCCGACAAAAGUGACGGUGUAAUGGCGUUUACGAUCACAAAAGCUGUGCUGCAAAAGCUCUUGGCAGCGCUGAAUGAGUGCAAUGAAUGGGGACAGGUCUUUGUGCUUGAUGCACUUGCGGGCUACACGCCCGUCGACUCUCGGGAAGCUGAAGGGAUCAUUGAACGUGUGACGCCACGUUUGCAGCAUGCAAACUCAGCGGUCGUGCUGUCGGCUGUGAAGGUCAUUAUGAAGUUUCUUGAUAACGUCUCAGACGUCGAGACGGAACGCAAUUUGUCGCGCAAGAUGGGACCGCCGCUUGUGACGCUCUUGUCGGCGGAGCCGGAGAUCCAGUACGUGGCUUUGCGGAACAUCAACCUCAUCGUGCAGAAACGCCCGACGAUCUUGGCAAACGAGAUCAAGGUAUUCUUUUGCAAAUACAAUGACCCGAUCUAUGUCAAGAUGGAGAAGCUUGAGAUCAUUAUUCGUCUCGUCUCGGAACGCAACAUUGAACAGGUGCUGCUUGAGUUCAAGGAAUACGCGACGGAGGUAGACGUGGAUUUCGUGCGCCGUGCCGUGCAUGCAAUCGGCCGCUGUGCUGUCAAGCUCAAGCGUGCUGCGGAGAAGUGUAUCAACGUGCUGCUGGAACUGAUUCAGACCAAGGUCAAUUACAUCGUACAGGAAGCUAUCAUUGUGAUUAAGGACAUCUUUCGAAAGUACCCGAAUCAGUAUGAGAGCAUCAUUGCCACGCUAUGCGAGAACCUAGACACACUUGACGAACCUGAGGCGAAGGCGUCUAUGAUUUGGAUCAUCGGCGAGUACGCCGAGCGUAUCGAUAAUGCAGACGAGCUCUUGGAGUCGUUCAUGGACUCGUUUGACGAUGAGACUGCCCAGGUGCAGCUACAACUCUUGACUGCUACGGUCAAAUUGUUCCUGAAGCACCCAAAUGAGACGCAGGGUAUGGUCCAGAAGGUACUGCAAAAAGCUACAGAAGAAUCCGACAAUCCGGACUUGCGUGACCGUGGCUACGUAUACUGGCGUCUUCUUUCGGCUAACCCAGAGGCAGCUCAUGCCGUCGUGCUUGCGGAAAAGCCAGUCAUCAGCGACGACACGUUCGCGCUUGAGCUCUCAAUUUUGGACGAGUUGAUCGGGAAAAUCUCGACGCUUGCGAGUGUCUACCACAAGCUGCCGAGCGCAUUCGUUGUACGUUCACCAGCGGCGGAUGUGCGCGAACAGCACAAGGACGCAAACCUCAGCAAUGAUGAUGAAGACAAAAGCUCGUCCGUCCAGAAAGAAAGCGAGUCAAGUACUCAGCAAGCUGACGGACCUGUAGACUUGCUUGAUAUGGGGGACCUCUGUCUUGAAGAUCCUAUUUCGACCGCUACUGCUCCAACAGCGUCAGCCAGCGCCAGCUUGGUCGACAUUUUCGGGGAUCCUGUUACCCCACUUGCUCCGAUGGCAGUCGCCAGUGGUGCUUCCGCUGUUAAAAAGAAGGUUUUGAUGACUGCACAACAAGGCAAAGGUCUGAAGAUGAUUGGUGCGUUCACCCGACGCAACGGCAACUUUGUACUUGACGUGGACUUUGAAAACCAGUCAUCGGCACCGAUUGCGGGUGUGAGCAUCCAGUUUAACAAAAGUACGUUUGGCGUGGUGCCAAUGCAAGCAACGGUCACGUUCUCACAGCCGCUGGCACCGGGUCAAACUGCGAAUCACAUUGUGCCGAUGGGCGUGAGUCCGCAGCUUGUCAAUGCCGCGGUUGCGCCGAAUCUCAACCUACAGGUUGCAAUCAAGAACAACUCCAGUGGUGAUGUGCUGUACUUUCAGACAGAGAUGGAUCUCUCGGCGAUUUUCACUGAAGGCGGCAGCAUGGGUUCAACUGACUUUAUCAGCAUGUGGCAGGGUAUCGCCGAGGCUAACGAGCACUAUUUCACGCUGACAACCGGUGGACGUAGCGUUGACGCAUUGUCAGAGCAACUGGGGCGUAACAACGUGUUUUACGUCGCGAAGCGACCCAUUGACGGCAAGGAGAUCGCGUAUUUCUCCGUCAAAACCAUGACGAAUGUGGUGGCGCUCUUCGAGCUCACCUUCGACAAGUCGGGCACCGCGAAGGUAUGCCUCAAGGUGAAGCAGCGGGCCUUCAGCGCCCUAUUGCAGCAAACGAUGGAGCGUUUGCUACAGUGA